GCUUUGCGUCUCCCCAAGUCCGAGUUUAAGGAUUAGCCACUUCAUCCAGAGAUUGGGAAGCUCACUCUCCCAAGUACAUCAGUCACUUACUGCAUGUUGAGAGACAAUUGAGAAGGGACAAUUCCUCUGUGCCUCGUGUAGAAGCAGAACAAUUGAGAAAUCAGAAGAGAAAACCCUUCAAAUCACCUCAGGAAAUAGGAGUUGACUACAACAUGGUCCACCUACCCCCAGGGACCAAGGGAUACACACAUUUCCAGCCAGUUUUUAGCUGUCUAACUAUCUGGAGACCUAGACAUUUAUUGCCCUCGCUCCCCCAGGGAAGCUUCCAUCUCAGGGAGGCCAACAAGGGAAGAGAUGUCCAAUCCCCUAAGUACCUCCACGGUGUCGGUGUGGGAGACCCUGGCUUCCCCACGGGGCUCUGGACCUCAGGCGCUUCAUCCUAAGGUCCCUUUAAAUACUUUGUCCCUUACCUGAGUCCCGCCCAGGGCAGGUAAUCACAAACCCCGCCCCUCUGCCAGAAAUCGGGAUCACCGGGAAAGGGGCACCCCUCCUUCCUCUCCCCUCCCCUUUCCCCUGUCCCCCAUUCACAGCUGGCCACAGCUGGCAGAGGAAGCCCCGAUUAAAGAGGAAGGGAAAGUGCUCACAAGUCUGGUUAGGUGUUCAUAAAAUAUGAGGGGCUACCCCUCUCUGCUGCUGCUAUACCUGGGAUUGAGCAUCUGCUUGGACACCUCACCCAGCGGGGAGCAAGACCAAGGAGUCUUCCUGGACUCCCCAGAGGCCCAGAGCUUUCUAGGAAGCCAUAGCCGGAUUCCACGAGCCAAUCACUGGGACCUGGAGCUGCUCACGCCAGGGAACCUGGAACGGGAGUGUCUCGAGGAGCGAUGUUCCUGGGAGGAGGCGAGGGAGUAUUUUGAGGACAAUACGAGGACGGAGCGCUUUUGGGAGAGCUACAUCUAUAACGGCAAAGGAGGGCGUGGACGAGUGGACGUAGCAGGCCUGGCUGUGGGGCUGACGUCUGGCAUCCUGCUCAUUGUCCUGGCCAGCUUGGGAGCCUUUUGGUAUCUGCAUUGCCGACGGGCUGGAGGCCAGCAGCCCUAUCCCCAAGAGGCUGAGCUCAUUAAUCCCCUGAGUCCCCUGGGCGACCUAGGCCUGCCGACGCCCCUGCCUCCACCCCCACCUCCAGGCCUCCCCACCUACGAGCAGGCGCUGGCGGCCUCUGGGGUGCACGACGCACCUCCGCCCGCCUACACCAGCCUCAGGCGGCCUUGCUGAGGAGCUGCUUCGGAGCCCAUGUUCCCCAGAUUCACAGCGGAUUCCAGAGCCUCCAGGCCUCUCAAACUACAUAGCUGAGCUCGGGGAGUGGUGGGAGUAGGGGUCGUCCGGCCCGAGGCCCACCCUGGCACACGUGUUUCCGCCGUGUACGGAUACGCGCGUAUCCUCGGUCAACGUGUUCCCUCGUCCCGGCUACUCGCGGGCCCCCACACUUUGAUUGUGGGGGGUGCCCGCCAGUCCCGCCCCCGGGGUAGGCGUGCUUGGAAACUAGGACCCCGGCGCGUAGGCCGGGUAUACCCACUCGCGUGAGUGAGCAGGUGUGGCAAGGCCAUCGCCCUACAAUGCCACGGGCCACGCACACGCAGAGCCCUGCUUAUGCACACGCGUGUUUUCGUGCGCUCUCCGUGCACGCUCGCGGGCACUCUGCAACCCAGGGAAAGGGUGGGGGGCAUAUUUGGAAAUGUGCUUUUUGGGGGAGGGCUCGCAUUACACUGGGAGACUGGAGUUGAGUUCCUCUCCUAAAUAAAAACCCUUUGUAAAAGACACAAAAAGUGAAACAACGCAAAAAAAA